GCUAUAACGACACAUGUACACAGUUUCCACAAGCGGUAGUUUGGACGAGGACAAGGACGCUGUUGGUGACACUUUGGAAAAUUGCAGCCUGUGAAGCUUGCGGUCUGAUCAGAGAGCACCAUGAAUUUAAACAACUUUGUGGUACUUCCCAGCAAGCCCAAGUCAAUGAAGUUAAAUGUCAGGAAUCUCCGGGAACUGCGUAUGGAAACAGUGCAGCUGGAUCAACAUGCCAAGGAGAUGGAGAGCAGACUGGAGGAGCUCAGACAGCGUAUGAACCAGGAGAAAGAGGAGAGGGAGAAGAUGGGAGCUUCUCACUGGCGUUCAGCACAGCCCGGAGUUCAGAGCGUCAAGACAAACAAGGAGAACGCACCUCACAGACUCUCUCCAGGCAAGAUGAAGAUUAGAGUGCUGAAGGACGAGCCUGUACCAGCAGUACAGAAGCAGGUAAUAGCGGAACGAGUCGCCAAGGUACACGGCACUAACAGGAAGCUCAACCUGAGGGGAAAAGUCUGUGGACAGUGUGAAGUUCAGCUGGCCGGACUGACGUGUGCAGAAUGCGGAGAAGAUUAUUGUGUGGGCUGCUUCGUCAGAUUCCACCAGAAGGGGGCACUGAAGCGCCAUCGUAUGGUUCCCGUACAGGUGAGGAGGCGUUCUGACAACCACCCUCCAUCCCACACACACACACACACACACCCUCAGCAGCGACAGGCACAAACCUCCAGAUUCAGCCUUCCUCCUCCAUGCCGUUUCUUAGAAACGCAGAAUGCUGGUGACCAUUAG